CGCUCGGGCCGGGCGUCCUAGGAGCGCGCGGCGGCCGCGGGCAGAUAAAAGAUCCUAUUGGCUGUGUGGAGGAUGGACUGGGAAAGAGAAGGGAGUGGAGACCACAUAGGAAGCUGCUGCAGAAGCCCAGGGAAUAACAGAGAGUACCAGCAUGGAGAAGAGAGCCGAGGAGAACAGGAAAGGCCUGAGCCGCAGAGAAGUGCCCCCAGCUGUUGGGCUGCUGCUCGUCCUGGCGUUCAUGAACCUGCUGCUUUACUUCUGCCUGGAUCGGUUUUUUGUUUCUCCUCAACGUUCGGCAUUGGACCCCGGCCACUGUCCCUAUGGGUACUUCAGAGUGGGACAGAUGAAGAACUGCUCCCCGUGGCUGUCUUGUGAGGAGCUGAGGACGGAAGUGAGGCAGUUGAAGCGUGUUGGGGAAGGAGCUGUGAAGAGAGUCUUUCUCUCCGAGUGGAAAGGGCACAAAGUUGCCCUCUCACGGCUCACCCGGCUAGAGAUGAAGGAGGAUUUCCUGCAUGGGCUGCAGAUGCUGAAAUCUCUGCAGAGCAGACACGUGGUUACACUGCUCGGGUUCUGCGAGGAAGACAACACUGUUCUCACCGAGUAUCACCCUCUUGGUUCCCUGGGCAACCUCGAGGCGACACUCAACCUUUCCAAGUACCAGAAGGUGAACACGUGGCAGCACAGGCUGCAGCUGGCCAUGGAGUACGUCAGCAUUAUUGACUACCUGCACCGCAGCCCCCUGGGUACCCUGGUCAUGUGUGACUCCAGUGACCUGCCCAAGACGCUGUCCCAGUACCUGCUGACAAGCAACUUCAGCAUUGUAGCCAAUGACCUGGAUGCCCUGCCCCUGGUGAACCGCAGCACCAGGACAUUUGUCAAGUGUGGCCACCGGGAGCUUCGCGGGGAUUUUGUGGCCCCAGAACAGCUGUGGCCCUAUGGGGAGGACAGGCCUUUCCAGGAUGACUUCAUGCCUGCGUACGAUGAGAAGGUCGACAUUUGGAAGAUUCCGGAUGUCUCCAGUUUCCUUCUGGGGCAUGUUGAAGGGAGUGAUAUGGUGCGAUUCCACCUGUUUGACAUCCACAAGGCAUGUAAGAACCGGAUUCCUGAAGAACGGCCUACUGCUCAGGAUGUGCUAGACACCUACCAGAAGGUUCUGAGUUCACUCAGAGACACAGUGCUGGCGCAGACAAGAGAAAUGCUGUGAAACUGUGCAACCGUUGACUGGUGGAGGGGUUGCAUCUGAAGGAAUGUCCUUGAGUUUCAUGGUUCAUUAUUUCCUGCUGUUUGGCCAUGUGCUUCUCACUCCACGUUCACGUACACAUUUGAGUGUGUUCUACCUUUCCUGGUAGCCUGGGUGAAAGUUGCUGACAAGAGGCAGCUGAGCCUGGGUUUUAACCUGGCUCACGUCCCGAAGGCCAGCUGCUUCCAGCUGCUUCCAGCUGCAGAUGUCAGACAGUGGAUCUGACCAGCAACUGGGGGAAAACCACCAACAUGGAGCCAUAAAGAGGCAUCACCUGUCCUCACAACUCCAUAUGUAAGCUCGUAAGAAAUGCAUACGGAAGGAUUUUUUUACAUGUCUGUAUUAAAGAGACAUGUAAUUCUCAAGGAGCAUCCCCCCCAAUUUGAAAGUGGUAGUGACCAUUUGGGGUCUCUGGGGCCUGGGACCCUUCAUGUUGCAGAUGACUGUACCAUGAAGUCCAUGUGUGUCCUCUUUCCCCAAGGGAAGAAGCUUCCACAGGUGUUCCUGGGGGUUUUGAAUGGACAGGGAUAACACAGCAAGUAUGCCUCAAAUGGGAGCUUAGUGAGUGGUGCUUGGGGAAAUCCCUUUUGACCUUCCAGAUGGGUUUUCUGUGUUUAAAACUAGCGGAACAUUUUCCAUAAAUAAAUAUCCCUCAUCUCUGGGAGGUAUCACACCCUUUUACCACUUGGCGUGCAUGAUUGGAUCCUUCAGAAAGGUGUCUGUGCUGGCAUCCCAGCUCCUGCAAGGUGGGUUUGGAGCAUGUCGACCCUUGAUGAGAUGGUGAGCUCUGCCUUCCAGAUUGGAGCAGGUUUCUGAGUCACCUAGGGUCAGCACUCAUCCUCUGGCUCACUGGUUUUAGAGUCCAGGAACAGGUAUUUGCGAUUGGUGCCCCAGGAUGCCGACACUGCUGGUGUGGACAUGCCAAGGAGGCACCUGGGAGUGGGAGAGUGUCAUCCGUGUAUCCUGCCUGGGGUGGAUUUGGGAACAGGGUGGCUGUGAGUGUUUCCACUGCUACUGUGGAGCUGAUAGGGCACUCUUCACCUUGUCUUUGUUACAACAUCUGUUAAUAACCUUCUAAGGAUGGCU